GCUGCUUGCUUCCUUCCUCCUCACGCUGAGAGCAUGUCAAGGUUUGGGUUCGUGGGUUUUCCCCUCCCUUUUCUCCCCCCUUUAAGAGAUCCCCCCACUCCACCCCUCCUUCACAACCCUAUGUGUACAAAAUCACAAAGGGAGCGAGACCCGCUCGAAAUAGCUCGGGUUUAGCAGCCCGGACUGUAAAAGGGAGCGAUUGAGAUCUGGACCUGCCGGACCCCGGGGAAGGAGAGAGAAGGAAAUGUAAAAUUUUCGAAUUUAAAUUAAUGCACAAAGCGCCCCCCUUCCCCUCCAAAAACGAAAUCCACCAAUCCACCGCUUCCCGCCCCCCACUCCUUUUCCCCAGUCUUCCCAAAUGUUAAUGUCACCAGGAGCCCAUUGCAGCUGAAGAGAGAGGAGAGAUGCUGAUUUCACCAGACAAAGGCUUGAUAUAUUUUCCUCCUCGGGCGGUAAGCAAGAUUUCCAGUCCCCUCCUAAGGCAACUCCCGGUUUCGCUGAAGCUGGGGUGGAAAGGAGGAACAAUCCUCGCUCUGCAUUGCCUUGCUUCUAGGUUCCCCAACCUCUGUUUCUGAGAAGGGGAGGGCGGGAAGGAGCUACCUUUUUUAUUUUUUCCACUCCUCCCCCUCCCCCUUCUCUCUUCCCGGGGCUCGGUGCGUGCCUGGGAGUUUGUAUCCACCUGGACUUGGACUGGAGAGUCCCCGCCGCAGCCCGCAGUAAGCUCCAGACCGGGCUAAGUGGGAGACAGAGCGUGAGUCUGACAUCAGCAGCAGCGGGGAGAAUAGCCCCAUCGGGCUAAAGGGGUUAUGGUACAGCAAAGAAUGUGGAGGAUUAAAUUCAAACAGCUUGUCACUCGGAGGCUGCUGCCAGCGAACUGAAGCAGAACUGCCCCAAGAGCUGAAGAGCUCUGCUGGGAGGUGGGGGGUGAAGGGGAAUGAAUGUUUUCUCUUGAGUCUCUUUUGAGUCUUGAGUCUUUUCUGGCUUUUUACCUAUGGAUCACAUUGCUGGGCCCGAGAUGUACGUUCAGAAAACUCCUAUUUUUUUUUUUUUUUUUGGUAGAUCUACUUUGGGAAAGCUUUUGGAGGAGAUAAUAUCCUUAGGUAGAAUUUCAUCAAUACCCAGUUCCCAGAACUAACAUUUUCACUGCUCAAACUAGGAAUGUGGUUUGCUUAAUUAAUCCAUCCCAUGGAGUGGUGACAAAAUAAGGGAUGGAAAGAGACUAAGCGUAGAGUUAAGUACUCGGAGAGGGGGAGACUAGACUUGUAAACUGGGGGCUUUGAAUGCCAGGCCAAAUAGAAAGCUUGGACUUCAUUUGGAAUUGGCAUAUUUACUUUAAAGUUUGUAAAAUGUUUUACCAACCCCAUCUCUUGUCAGACAAUGGAGAAGACACAGAAGAUUCCUGAAACUGAGAAGUAGGAGAAAUUGAGUCAACAGAUUGUUUGAAGGGGAACAAAUCAAUCUCUAUUCAAUACAACAACACAAGAAGCACAAAGGACAAGAAGGAUCAUCUCUAAACGACGGCCUGACAGCUAGACGUAGGUUAAGAUCAGCGCCUUGGUGAAGAAAACCCCACAGUUGUGAGAAAAAAUAUACAAUACCACCAAAACGCAGCACCUCUGGGCGGGGCGCCACCGCCCCUCGGGAGCUGACUCCGCCCCUUCCUGGUGUCCGCCGCAAUGCCUGUCUAAGCAGAGGGGUCCUUCGGGGAGGCCUUGGUUGGGGCGCCCUUCUCUGCGCCUGUACGAAUUCCGUAUGUGACUGGCUGUGGAGAGGCGGCGGAUCCUGUUUGGGGUGAGUGGAGCUACGGCGGCGUCUGUGGCGGCUUCGGCAUCUGAGGAGGUUCUCAGACUCGAGCAGCGACCAUGGCGGACGGCGGAGCGGAGCGGGCAGAUGGGCGCAUCGUAAAGAUGGAAGUGGACUACAGCGCCACAGUGGACCAGCGCCUGCCCGAGUGCGAGAGUAUGGCCAAGGAAGGAAGACUUCAAGAAGUAAUUGAAACUCUUCUGUCUUUGGAAAAACAAACCCGUACUGCUUCUGACAUGGUGUCUACAUCUCGAAUUUUGGUUGCAGUAGUGAAGAUGUGCUAUGAAGCUAAAGAGUGGGAUUUUCUUAAUGAAAAUAUUAUCCUUUUGUCAAAAAGGAGGAGUCAAUUAAAACAGGCAGUUGCAAAAAUGGUUCAGCAGUGCUGCAUUUAUGUUGAGGAAAUCACAGAUCUUCCCAUCAAACUUCGAUUAAUUGACACUCUUCGAAUGGUGACAGAAGGAAAGAUAUAUGUGGAAAUUGAACGGGCUCGAUUGACUAAAACACUAGCAACAAUCAAAGAACAAAGUGGUGAAGUCAAAGAGGCAGCAUCCAUUUUGCAAGAGCUUCAGGUGGAAACCUAUGGAUCAAUGGAAAAGAAAGAGAGAGUGGAAUUUAUCUUGGAGCAAAUGAGGCUUUGUUUAGCUGUGAAGGAUUACAUUCGUACUCAGAUCAUCAGCAAAAAAAUUAACACCAAAUUUUUUCAAGAAGAAAAUACAGAAAAGUUAAAGUUGAAAUAUUAUAAUUUAAUGAUUCAACUGGAUCAACAUGAAGGUUCCUAUUUGUCCAUCUGUAAACACUACAGAGCUAUAUAUGAUACUCCUUGUAUCCAGGCUGAAAGUGAAAAGUGGCAGCAAGCUCUGAAGAGUGUAGUUCUUUAUGUUAUUCUGUCCCCCUUUGACAAUGAACAGUCAGAUUUGGUUCACCGAAUAAGCAGUGACAAAAAGUUAGAAGAAAUUCCCAAGUAUAAAGAUCUUUUAAAGCUUUUUACUACUAUGGAAUUGAUGCGUUGGACCACACUAGUUGAAGAUUAUGGAAAGGAAUUAAGAGAAGGUUCUCUUGAGAGUCCUGCAACAGAUGUUUUUGGUUACACGGAAGAAGGUGAAAAAAGAUGGAAAGACUUGAAAAACAGGGUUGUGGAACAUAAUAUUAGGAUAAUGGCUAAGUAUUAUACCAGGAUAACAAUGAAACGGAUGGCUCAACUUCUGGAUCUUUCUGUUGAUGAAUCAGAAGCAUUUCUUUCAAACUUAGUAGUCAAUAAGACCAUCUUUGCUAAAGUAGACAGGUUGGCAGGAAUUAUCAACUUCCAGAGACCAAAGGACCCAAAUAACUUACUAAAUGACUGGUCUCAGAAACUGAACUCAUUGAUGUCUUUAGUUAACAAAACCACACAUCUCAUAGCAAAGGAGGAGAUGAUACAUAAUCUACAAUGAGGGAUUCAAUACCCUAAAGUUUUUAAGAAAGCAUUACAAUUGGAGGUCAUAAAGACUAUUAUUACAGUAUACCUGUUGGGUUUUUCCCCUCUUAUUACCAAUUCCCUAGUCUGAAAUUUAAAAAAAUGAGUAAAAAUAUGUGAGACAUUAUUUGGACGUUGUUUUCUUGAUUUCUAAUUGUUUAACUUUGCUUUUUGCAUUUGGUGCAAGAAUAUAAUACAGUGGUAUUGUUUAAUCAAAAUUGUAACUUACAGAAAAAUCUUUUUCUAUUGUUAAAAAUUUUUAGCAAUUUAUCAUUUGUUUUCAUCCAGCUAACAACAAUAAUAAAAAAUAGUAUAUGCAUUUUUUUACUUUCCAUGGUUUCUUCUAUUUCUGAAUAUUAAUUAUGACAAAGGUUUGGCAAGUAUUUUGUAAAGUAAAAUGUAUCCUUUGGCAAACUCAUUAGGUUGAAUUAAAAAUGCAAUAGAGAUAAUGUUUUUAAAAUGGCUUACAUGAACGUAAGUUUGUAGUUGUACUGGGCUUUAUAAAUCAGCCUAUGUUCAACAAUUAUGUUAAAGACCUCCUUGACUGUAUCUCUACAGACUGACUAGAUUUACCAUUCAGGUAGUCACUUGGACUAUUCUCUUUUAUUGUCCUGACCAGUUGUUUGAAAUUAAUAAAUCCUAUGAUGGCAUUGGCAUGUUGACCAGCUUAAAUCGUGUUAAAUCUUACCUUACUGAUUUUUAAUAUAACAGAUUAUUUUAGUUUGUUGAUCUUAGAUGGUUUUCCUUAAAUUUUAAGGGUUCAAAAUUGCCCCCCCCCCUUUUUAAGCUAUUGCUAUUUAA